AUGAAUUCUCAUCAAAUUUUAUCAAAACAAAUAACAUUUCAACGAGAUACAAAUCAUUCUCUUCCAUAUAUUAAAUAUCAAAAUAAUAUUUACAAACAAAAAGGUAUUGCACAUUUAUUCGAAUUAAAAGAAUCGUAUUUUCUCAAAAUCCGGAGAAAAAAAUUCGAAUCGAUUGAUAAUUCUGGUUCAACAAAAAUCUUUUCAAAUAGAAUAAAUAAUUUAUUUAAAAUUCGAAAUGAAUCAAAUGAAAAUUUAUCUCGAAUAAUAAAAAAACCUACUCAUCUUCAAUCAAUUCGUUGUGGAUCUUUUGAAAAUUUAUCGAAUUUAAUUGAAAAAUCUUUAAAACAAAUUGAUGAAUAUCGUUUGAAAUUUGAAAAAUCACUUGUUGAACAAAAUUCAAUAAAACAUUCAAUUGAAAAUAAUUCUUUAUUAAAAUUUCCACAAAAACCAAAAAUUCCAAAUGAAUUAAUUGGAAAAUUGAAUGAAAAUAAUUUAGAAAAUUUUAUUUUUAAUUCAAAUCUUAAUAAAACUGAUGAUCUAAAUACAUUAAUUGGUCGAUAUGAAUUAAUAAGCUCAAUAAACCCAAAAGAAAAUAUUUAUAAUAAAAAUGAGAUCAAUGAAAAUUUUUCAUUAAAUAUAUUUGAAUAUAUUGAUGAAUAUUGGAAAUAUUUCAAUCGUUUAUUAGAUGAAUAUUUUUCAAAAAAUAUUUUUUAUGAAAAUUUUCAAUCGAAAUUAAAUUGUUUAGCAUUAUGUGAACAAAUCAAAGAUUUUUUUAAAAAAUUUUCUCAAAGAUAUAAAAUUAUUGUACAAAUUUAUAUUCAACAACAUUUUGAUCAAUCGAUUUUAAUUGCAUCAAGAUCUUUAUGGGAUAAAACAUUUGAUCAAUUUUUAGAAAAGAAAUUUUUUAAAAAGAAUAUUUUUGUUCUUAUUGUUGUUUUUUUUAUUUAUAAAGAAUAA